AUGGUGAAAGGCACGAAGAGGAAGGCUGUGAUGAAGAAGAUCACGAAACGUGAAUCUGCGGCAACGACUUACACGAAACGAACAAACGGUCUCCACAGCAAAAUAGCACAGCUCUGUCUUCUCACGGACGCGCAGAUCGCCGUGUUGGCCACUCCUCCUUCUGCCAACUCCAACGUAAGCUUCUUCUCCUUCGGUCACACUUCCGUUGACUCCAUCGUUAAGGCUUAUCUCACGGGAGGAAAACCUGUUCGAGAAGAAAGAGAUGAUGAUGAUGAGGACCUUGGGAUUUGUUUCGCGAGGAAAGAAUUAGGGUUACCUCAGUGGUGGGAUGAUGAGCGUCUUCUCACAACUAAGAAUCCCGAGGAACUGAUGCGUGCGAUGAACUCUGUUUUGAGAUUGUUGGCAAAAAUCAAAGAGUUGCGUGCACAAGACGCAUAUAAUCAUCAAG